AUGAUCUCCGUCUCGUGGGCGGGCAGCGUCCGACUUUCAGGAAGCUGUUGCAGCAUCUGGCGAUGGUACCAGUUGCCACUGCUCGGUGAGCGAACCAGAAAGUCCUCCUCCUCCAGAGUCAGCUCGGUGCGCCUAAACAAUCAUAGACACGUGGACAGUCAAGUUACUAGGCAACAGCAAAACUGGCAUUGUACAUGUGCAUAA